AUGGCGAACGGACGGGCCAGAGAGGACUGGAGGUUGAAAAGCGGGAGCAGGGAGGAGGAGGUCGGGAGGAUGGGGAUGGGAGGUGGGUUAAAUGCCCGGCCGAUCAAGAGAGAAGAGGACGAUGACGUAGAUGAUUUCUUCUCGGACCUUCCUACCUCCUUCUCUCCCAAACCCUCGGGCGGCGCGCAAGGCGUGGACGCACCUGCCAGCUCCUCGGGCGGCGCUGGCGGCGGAGGGGAGGGCGCGUCAUCCAGCGGCGCGCCCGCGGCGACGGAGAAUAUCGCGCCCUUUGAGGACGGGCAGUACGUGCGCCUCGUCAACCGCGGCCGCUCCGGCGGGUACCUCUUCGCCGACGACACCGGGCGGGGAGUCUCCGUCGACCUCCGCCGCAGCAUGGUCAACACGGUGUGGGCCGUGCAGAUCCUGCGCACCGCCCGCGCCACGCACGUCCUGCUCCGCGGCGCCUACGGCCGGUACCUCGCCGUCACGCGAAACGAGCCGCCCCCCGGGCACGUGGGCUUCUACGUCGCGCAGCGCAACUUCGACGAUCCGGAGGACGACUACAUCGAGUGGUGGACCAGCCCAGGGAAGCGCGGCAGCAUCUUGCUCCUCCACGGCACGGCCGGCGGCCUGAGGGCGCUCCGGGCCAACGGCCGGUACCGGCGGUGGAACAGGGGCGUCACCGUCGAGGCCGUCAACCUCAGUCGAGUCACCUCGAUGAUGGAGUGGGAGGUCCAGGUCGUCCCCUUCACGGUGGAGAGGCCACCGUACCAGCCGCGACCACCAAGCGCUGCAAUCCGAUGGCAUGAAGGCUGUCAGGAGGAGGUGGAAAUUGCCUUUUCUCGGGCAGAUGAUAAUGGAGGCUUCGAACGCCAGGGCUGGACAGAUUUCCGGUUCGAAGGGAGGAGACUGACUGAGCUGGGAAAUGAGAUUGCAAAUCGAAUAGGCCAUGGCGUCGAGUUCCAGAACAUGACUCUCUUUGUUGUGGGAGGCCAACUUGCACGGCCCACCCCUCUGCUCACCGACCUGCCUUUCAGAGAUGAUGCCAUUAUCAUCCUGGUGUUCAUGGUUGGUACACCAGGGCACAAUGCGCUGCGCUUUCCAGAUCUUGCCCGCUGAAUAAACUGAAAGGAUAGGAUCACCAACAAUUCUUCCCCUGGACAGAACUGUCAAUGCCUCUACAAAGUAUACAGAAGUUGGUUGGAUUCUCUAAUAAUGCUUUUUUCUUACUCGAGUU